AUGGCUCGACUUCGAAGGCCCGGGGGAGGACUGCAGCGGGCCGAGUCCACUAUUGCGCAUUCCGAAGUUGCCAGCCGUAUUGCCCGAGAAGCCAGGUUCAUGGAUGGACUCCGCCUCAAGGCUCCCUAUGAACCCGACGAAGAAGUCUGCGGUGAUUGCGGGAAGGUCGAGUGCGAGUGUGAACCAGAGAGCGAUGAUGAAUCAGAAGAAGAAGAGCUGCCAAAGAAUUGGCUCGAGCAAAUGAUCCACAACAUCCGGCUCAAAACAGACGUUGUUCGAUACUACUCUGGUCGCAUCGUCAAUGACCAAGGCUUCCAAAUAUUCAUUGUCAUUCUCAUUCUACUCAACUCACUCUUUAUUGGGUUGGCAACCUUCGAUUUUGUCGAAGACAAUGAAAAUGCCUAUCGGGCGUUCAGAAUUGUCGACUUGGCAUUCCUCAUCAUAUUCACCAUCGAAUUGCUCAUGCAAUUCCUGUAUCAUGGAUAUGGCCUUUUCUUCGAUGGAUGGUUGAUGUUCGAUCUAUUUAUUGUCAUUACCAGUUGGACACUCGAGUCGGUAUCCGUCCUAAGGGCACUCAAGUUAAGGUCCUUUCGCAUCUUUCGGGCGUUUCGACUCACCACCAAAAUUAGAGCUCUCAGGCGGCUCGUAGAGGCAAUCUUUGAUGUCUUGCCACGCAUUUCCGCCAUUAUCUGCAUGUUCUGCCUUAUCAUUUAUAUAUUUGGCGUCAUGUGUACAGAACUCUUUGGAGAGAUUGACUUUACCGAUCGAUUCCAGGAACCACUAGCUGGGACCUACAGCUACUUUGGUCGACUAGAUGACGCACUGUUCACACUCUUUGCCAUGGUCACACUCGACUGGGCAAGGGUAACACGAGCCGUGAUGCAGGUCUAUCCGUGGGCGUCAUACCUUUUCUCCACGUAUGUGACGUUUUCAUCCUUCAUCUUGUACAAUCUCAUUAUUGCUGUUGUAUGUGAUGCCGUCAAAAUGGUGCAAGACCAACAAGAUAUUCUCAUGGUGGAAAACUACGUCAAGGACAAAAUCGAAUCACGCCAUCGAAUCAUCAAUCUGCGUCAAAAGCUAGACAAAAUGUCAAAACAACAAAUGGAUCUCUUGCUCUAUGUGCAACUCUUGCUAGACCAAGUCGAUGACGUCGGUGAGGCGUCCAAGCAACAUUACGAGGAGGCGCUCUUGCAGCUCAGUCAAACCAAUACGAAUGCCAGGGACGCAUUGAAGCAGGCAAUCCAACAACUCAAUCGUUUUGAAAGGUUGGCGGGAUUGGACGACCUGUCAUGGCAAAGCCAGUCCGAAACAGAUGGUCCGACAACAACAUCAACCACCACCCAAAAUCAGUUGCAACAUUUACAAAUGGAGGAACGACAGGUGCCGAAAAGUCAAAACAAUUCCCAAACAGAUGACGAGCCAAAGCAAAGCAAUCCCCGUGAAGUCAAGCCGACAAGGGCACGGCCGAGCCGUGCGAAAAGCACUGACUAUUUUGCGUGGGCAAAGCCGACAAGGGCACGGCCGAGCCGUGCGAAAAGCACCAACAUUGUCGAGGCGGCAAAGCCGACAAGGGCACGACCAAGCCGGUUUCGCAGCACUGACAAUGUCGUGUCGACGACAAAGCCUACACCGCAGUUUCCUCAGUUACCCCAGAGAGUCCCAAGAAGCCGGAGAGUCUCAUUCAUGGACACAAAAGCACGUAGUAGUGUCCGAAAAUCUCAAAAAGAGGCAAUAUCUGAGUUUUCUGACAACCCCAAUACUCUUUACGAGGAUGACACGGAACAAAUCGGUUCGUCGCACUACAGGACUCCAUUUAACGAAGGCGACGGAUUGGACAAUGAUGAGUCCUUUCACAGCUGCCGUGUGAUGCCGCCAGAGGCCGAAACAGCGGAUGACCAAGACCUGCAUUCCUGA